AUGUAUUUUCCAUAUUGGAUUUGUAAAAUUUCUCAUAGUAGAUAUAUUAAUAAUCCUGUGAAAUAUCAGUUGAUGUCAAUAUCUUAUUUUUAUAGAAGUAGUGAAACAUCUUCUGAUGAUGUGAUUUGGAAAAAAGAUGGUGUAAAAAUAUUAUUAACAAUAGGUUAUGAUGAAGUGAUGAAAGGUAAAGAAAUAACUUUGGAUGUUAUUGAUAAUAUAAACAAAAAUUCAUAUUCAAAGUUAGAUUAUAUAAAUGAAACACAAAAUUAUUACGAAUAUGUAUUUCGUGUUUAUAAAGAAGGUUCGAAACAUGAUACUGUUGAACCUAUUAAACAAGAAUUGAAAUUAUUGAAAGAAGAGGUUAAUUUAAUUAAAAUUUUGUACAAAAAAGAAAUAAAAUCAUUAAGACAAGAAUUCGAUUCAUUCAAGAAAUCGAUCGAGGAGCAAAAAAAGAUCGAUACUCUGGUAGCAGAAAUAUGUACGAUGUUGAGCAUAAAUUCAGAUAAUAAUUUAUUAAAAAUACAUAACGCUUUGGUACCAAGUAACAAUAUAGAUAAUGAUAUAGAUCAAAAAGAAAUCAUCAAAUCGAUAUGUAACGUUCUUGACAUAAAACACAUACAAAAUAACGAUUAUCAAAAUCUUGUAAACAUAAAAGAAGCC